UUCUCCCUCCAUUCCCAUUGCAAACUGCGUCAGCUGUAAGUUUGCAGCACGCACAGUAAGCAGCAUCCCUGGCUCAGAGGAGUGACAGGGAGAAGUGAUGGACCUUCCUGUACCGUGAGGGCGAGGAGAAGCUGGGCUCUCUACCUGUCCCUGGGUAGAGCUGUCAGCAGCGUGGCCACAGCAUGGAGAGGGGAAGCAACUUGCAAAAUCACUGGGGUGUCUGAGGGGAAGGAGCAGCCUCCUGGAGGCUGGAUCACCUCAGCCCCUCUGUAGAAGCAAAUGAGUGCUCCUGUACCACUCCAGUUCCUAUUCAGUUAAAUUGUCACCAGCCAUGUUUUCUUUGCCCUUACAAGGUGCCUUUGGCCUCUCCACCUCUUGCCCCAGCAGUAGAUUGGUGUUUAGAGGGCAGCUCCACCUGCAGUAUCACACACUGUCUGUCCUCCAGUGUGGCACCUUAGGUGACUGUCUACCUUCCCUAAGCUCCAGGCACUGAGAUACUGUUCUAAUUCUGUCCCCCUCAAUCUGGUGAAUCCGUACACGGCAGCAGUGGGGUGUCUCCCGUGUUUGCCAGCUGGCCGGUGCUGCCGCUGGGAGCAGGGGAGGUGAGCAUCGCCGCCCGUGCCAUCUCGGAGUUUUCCUGCCCGGCUCUCCACCCUCAGGCAUGUGGCUGCCUGAUUAGCCAUUGCUGAUCACCUCCUGUUUACCAAGGUUAAAGAAGAAAGGUAAAAAGGAACAAAAAUGGUGUGCUGCUUUAAAGGAACACCAUGCAUCUGGCAAAAUUUUGAGAAGGCUCAAGGUGUUAAAGAAAGCUCAUCUAAAUAAAGAAGGGUUAACGUGACAUUGCAGUUACUUAAUCCUGUAUUGUCCCACCAUGUGACUGCAGGGAUACUGAGAGACAGCCUUUCUUUUGCCUGGUGUACAGUCUGUGCUUUUCCUGUCAUCUUCCAGGAUCAGUUGCUUUGUUAAACCUGUGAUGAGGAGGAAACAGGAGCAACAAACUUUUUACAGCAAGGCUUCAAGGCACAGUGACCUUUCCAAGGCACCGUGACAAGCUCACCGGCUGAAGAAUGAAUGAAAGGCAAACCCUACGUUCAGCUCUUGGACUGGUACCAGAAUCAAGGAGAGCGAUGCUCUAAAGGUCAGCUAUUCAAAAUGAACUGGAAGCUUCUGCAUUUAUUCAAAGUAGUUAACCAGCUAUUUGACCUUUAUCUAUCAAGUUAGUUUUCAAAACAGCAAGCUGAAGCCUGAAAAUUUGUGUCAAAUGAUUUGCAUGUGUCAAAUGUCCUGCAUAGACAGCAAGCAACUGACCACUUCCUUGCACAAAGUUUACAGUUUUAAUUGCAAAGCGUCUUUUACCUUGUAGAUGAAGAUUCAAACGUACUACAUCUAUUAGUGUGAGAUGAAUGUAAACAGCUUCCAGUUUUAUCUGAGAUUUUGAACAGAACUGCAAUAUAUAGACAUGCCAGAUCUGGUUUUGAAGUAAUUUCCAAACUAAUUACUGGACUUCCCGUAAGCUGCUUUCUUGGCUGGAUUUGUCACAGUCUCCAUUAUGUGGAGGACUGCAUAUUCAUACAGAAUUAUUUCAUCUGAACUACUUAUCAGGCCAUCUUGUUAAAUGGGGAUAUGAUUACCUUAUAGACUAUGACAACAGGAUAUGUGAAUGGAGGAAGUCUUGGGAAACACCGCUAUUGCAGGUGGCAUCGUGAGGACAGCGGAGAAGACGACGGGCACCCGGAGCGCUAUGGAGGAGAGGAAGAGGGCAGACAGCACAGGCUGACCCCGUUUGAGAAACUAAUGCAGGAUAUGUCCCAGAAUGAAAAAGUGGUGAAAGAAUUAACCCUGGGAAAGAGAAUUGGCUUCUACCGAGUCAGAGGAGAAAUAGGAAGUGGGAAUUUCUCACAAGUGAAGCUUGGAAUUCAUUCCCUAACAAAAGACAAAGUUGCAAUUAAGAUUUUGGACAAGACAAAGCUAGACCGGAAGACUCAACGUUUGCUAUCUCGUGAGAUAUCCAGCAUGGAAAAACUACACCACCCAAAUAUCAUCAGACUAUAUGAAGUGGUGGAGACACUCUCAAAGCUGCACUUGGUGAUGGAGUAUGCAGGAGGUGGGGAGCUCUUCACUAAAAUCAGUACAGAAGGGAAGAUGCUAGAAACAGAGUGUAAAAUAAUCUUCUCCCAGAUUGUGUCUGCUGUGAAGCACAUGCAUGAGAAUAACAUAAUUCACCGGGACCUGAAAGCAGAAAAUGUCUUCUACACCAGUAACACCUGUGUUAAGGUGGGAGACUUUGGAUUCAGCACAAUAAGUAAAAGAGAUGAAACUUUAAAUACUUUCUGCGGCUCUCCUCCUUAUGCUGCUCCUGAACUCUUCCGAGAUGAAAACUAUGUUGGCAUUUAUGUAGACAUCUGGGCACUGGGGAUCCUGUUAUACUUCAUGACAACGGGUGUCAUGCCCUUUCGGGCAGACACUGUGGCCAAACUAAAAAAGUGCAUUCUUGAGGGGACAUACAGUUUGCCUCCGUGCCUCUCAGAAACUUGCCAGAAGCUGAUAAAAGGAGUCCUUCAGCCAGUACCGACCGAACGAUACUCUGUCAAACUUAUUAUGAACAGUGAAUGGAUGCAAGGGAUACAGUACCCCAAACCUUUACAGCCAUUUAAACUGGAUCCAAAGUACUUAUCAGACAUGAGUACACUCAAAGAGGAAGAAAUCGAAGUGAAAAACAUUCUGGAAGAUCUGGGAAUCACAGAAGAGCACAUUCAAAAUAACCGGGGAAGAGAUGCACGCAGCUCAAUAACAGGAGUUUACAGAAUUGUUUUGCACAAGGUACAGAAGAAAAGGGCACUUGAAUGUGUUCCUAUCAUGUCCCACCCUGACCCCAAAGAACAAGACUUGAGGAGAAGGAUCGGUUCUUACAGUGGGAUGAAGCACACAUCCAAGCUGUGCUCCAUUUUAUAAAUUGCUCUGCAGGCUUUAUACUUGGCACAUUCAACAAAGGGUUUUAUUCAUGUUUCACAAGUUCUGGUGUUACAUGUUUUGUCAUUUUUGAAUAAACCAGAAAUGCCUCAUCUCCUUUGCACUUCUCAAUCACAGCAAAGUGCUUGGAUACAGAGCUCUUAUGCAUUUCUUUGUCCCUUGCUCCAGACACCUCAUAUAGCAAAGCGCAAAAUCCCCAGGAGGCAAAACAGGCAAGGGAUGAUUAGCAGAGGUCACCUUUUAGUAAUGAUCAAACACUAUUGCAUUUAACACAGUUGGGACAUCUCAGUACAGGCAUGUAAGAGAUAACUUACUGAAAUUUGAACCUCACCUUGACACAACUUUACCACCACAAUCCAGGACAGUUUUUGCAGAAAACUGAAUUUAAGCAGAAAGCAGACUAUAAUCUAAACAAUUGCACAUUCUUCUUUAAAAUUUCUUCAGUAAAUUAAGCAUGACAGAAUUUAGAGCUUUUUUCAAAAUUUUAUUUAAAGAAACGGCAAUGCUGUUGACCACAGCUCCUAAUUUGUCACAAUUCAGGAAGGCAAAUUAAGAUAUGCUGCUUUAACCCUGCAUGUGUGAUGGCAAUUCCUAGUGCAUACCUGACCUUCUGGCACCUUCUGUUACUUGCACAGUUCCAACAGUUCAGAACUGCUUGGACUCCAGCUGCACUCCCGUAAAGAAAAUGUUAAGCAUACCCAAACCUCAUGUAUAUUCUUGCUUUAGCAACAGGUAUCAGUAAGCUGAAUGAACCAAUAAUAAAAUCCCCUUAUAUAUUGAGUAUUACAGACUUGGACUAACUCCUGCCAUCCUACCUUGGCAACAAAGGCUGGCACUCUUGACCACUGCAAGUUAAAAGUUGGAUAGCCUGACAACUCCAAUUGUUCCAAGCAUCACCAAGGUCUAGACACUUUCCGCUUUAAUUGCUUAUUUUAUACGUUAAUCUUCAACACCAUCAGCUCCAAUGCAAACGGUGGUAAAGUGCAGUAGCUGUCCUUCUCUCAACAGGCAUGGCUGACAUGCCUAAACUAAGAGGUAGAGUGUCAUAAUUUUAGUUAAGGCAAGUAAGCUAAUACAACGUUUAGAGAAGUACAGCUGGUGCCUUCAAAUUUAAGGCCAGGAUGCCUUAUGUAUUAUGGGGACUGAUGAGAUGAUCAGUUGACUUUAAGAAAGGAGUAAUUAAUGUAAAUGAGCCACAAAUUACUCUGAAAAGCCGCCCAUAGGAAACUGGACUCUCUGAGGCUCAGGUAAGCACAAAGCAAAAAUGAGUCCCCCUUCAAAGUUUUUCUGGGGGGGAUAAAACAAUACCAUCUUUCAUAGGACAGGAAUAAGUAUCGAUUCUAUUUCAUAAGCUGGGAAUGAAUUCCUCCACUAUAAACAGUUCUUAUAUGAAAGCAGUUAUCUGGAAACACAACCCUGAAACAAUGGUUUUACACCAGCCUAAGCAACCCUUUCUUUUUACUUUUGUAAUGGAAUGAUAUUAAGAAAGACCCAAAGGUCCACAGAGCUUGUGAACCCACAACUUCAGGUUUUUACGGGGCCAGUUUCCUCUUUCUUUCCUGUUAAAGGAAAAAAAAAAUAAAAAGGUAACCUGAAAACCCAACAAGUCAGCACUACUCCAACAGGUUUCAAAUAUCUCCAACUUUAUUUUAAUAAAGGAUCAUCCUCACAGACCAUGAGGUCCCUGUGGUUAACUUUGGGCCAGUAGCUCACUUCUUGGCUUGUCCACUGCCAGCAAUGGACUUUGUUCCAAGGCAAUUUGUUUUUCUGGUGCCAAGAUAAGUUUCACAAGGGCAACCUAAAUCAAAAUACUUGCAAACACCAUCAUCAUGCAUAUUCCUCCAUCAUUUUCAGCAAAAACAACAGAUUAGUACUCAUUGAUUUAUAAUAAACAACUAUUUUACCAAGGCUUGACUGUACAAAUACAGCAAGUUAUCAAAUCCUAGUGAGUGACAGAUAAUACAAACACUUCAUUACACACAAAAAUUGUAAUUUAGCAGACAAAUCAGGUUCUGCUACUUUGUAUUAGAUAACAUAGCUUUGUAGAAUUAGCAAAGAAAAAAAUUCAACAAAAAUUCAUUCUGUACAUUAGCUCAAUUUAAGUAUAUAUUACAAGCUUACAAGGCUUAUGUCAUAGUUCAUUUCCAAUCUGGGCUUUAAAAAUGUACCAGAAUGGACUCCCCAUUAGCAUUGUGUAUCUACCACUUGCAAAAUGGAUAGCUUCUAGCUUGCAUGUUGGGAAAAAACUUUU